UAGUCUAUCCGUGCGUCAGUCAGACCUGUUAGUCGUGAAAGUCAUCUCGGUGAGCGAACGACAACGGUGAGACUGGCUCUUUGCGGGUUCGUUCUGUUCGGUUCAAAUAGCGUGUCGAAGCUAACUGUAGAGAAGCUAUCGGUCAGUGUGCAGUAAUUCUUUUUUAUGUAAUCCUUGUGAGGAAAGCAUUCUUUUUGUUUUAGUUCGAUAAAAACAGUCGGGUAGCACGGGAAACAUUAAAGUGCGGAUUGUGGCCGGCGAAGCAGUGCUCUAAAUUUCUCAAGUUCAUGUAUGCAUACAAAUAUUAGUUGUAGUGGAAAGUGAGAAAAAUCACAGCUAAGCAAAAAUAAGUGCCAGUAAAGUAAAGUACAAGAAAACAUAUUUUACUGAGUGCAGAAGUGUAUUGCAAAGUUUUUGCCUCUUGAAGCAAACAUUCGAAGCGAAACUCGUUUUCUCUGCUAUACCUGUCCUGCGUACCGGACGGAUUCCUCACCAUUGGAUUGCUUGUCGGAUUACGCCGAAGAGGCCACAGACGAGAGGGGGUACACAAUUGUCUGCUCGCGGGCAGCUUUCGUCUCCCCAAUGAAUGAUAGUCGGUAAAGCUGCCUGACUGCGGCUACCAUUAAAACAAGGCAUAUGUACACUUGCGGAUAGACCGAAAAGAAUUUCGGCCAGAUAAAACAUUGCUCGAACAACGCGCUUAUGCUGAGCGUCGCACGACAAUCGAUAUAAGCUUCUCAUAUAAGGGUUCAUGUUCAUCUUGCUGCUAUUUGACUUAUUCGUCGACAUCGCCGACAUGUUUGGACGGUGCGGAUCGAUUUCAGCCAAUAUCAGCAUUGAUCGUUAUCUUCGACCUACGGUGUACGAGUUUUUCGAGUAGCCGAUUAGAGUAUCUAUUCGAAGAGGUAAAACGUUAUUCAUUCGCCGUAACCGUUACACAAUCGUUUGUGGUAGACACACGAGUAUUACAUUUGAAUGGAGCACCGUCGACAGUAACAACGGAUAAUGGUGGUAUUAAUGUUCGGAGUCUUACGAGCGGUGUCAGUUAAUGAGUUUUGUUUUGUAAAACUUGGAUGAUGGAUGAUGGGGGCCCUGACUAAAUUUAGUCCAUCUAUUAGUUACUGAUUAAAUAUGUUUCAAUAAUUAUUGGUUUUGUAAAAACUCAAAGCUACUAUUUAACCUUGAAGAUCGACGUCGUUUGAAAUGAAAACUCGUCAUGCCAGCGCUGCGUUUGUUCGGCCGGAAAUGGUUAGCUGCCUCGGACGACCUUGUGUUUCCGUGCAUUUUCGAGAUCGUGUUUCGUAUCGUGUGGCUUGGACUGAUAUCAUGCGUAACGUCCACGUACUGGAGCGUGACCGCGGAGUGCGAUGAACAGGCCCGGCUAGCUAUUCGCAUCUAUCUCGUAGGGACCCUAGCGUUAAUUAGUGUAAACAUGGUUCUACUGGUUUUGCUGGUAAACCGUAGUGCCCGAGGUAGUAUUACCGACGUGCAGAAGCGCUGGUUGGUGGCGCCGCUGCUGGUUAUCAAGAUAUUAUUGAUUCUGCCAGAGACUGGACUGAACAUCUUUGGGACGAUGUGGGCCUUCUGCGGAACCAUCGGCUGCAAGAGUGAUGACAAAAUUACACGAACUGUGAUCGAAGCAAUCGUGCUAUUCAACUGGGUAGUGUUUGCACUUAUUAUCUUCGGUUUAGCUAUAGUAUUUGACCCAUUGGGGUCUGCCAAGUAUAAAAAUGGUAGGGAUAGUAACGACAAUGGACCUACGGAAUCAGCAAUACACAGAAAAGUUUCGAAACUUUGGUUCCGCCGGUUUCGGUGGGCUUUCUGUUGCCUUCGAAAGGAUGAAUUUGGUCAUGAAGCCUUCACCCAGGUUGCUAGUUUACUGAGUGCAUUGUUCCGAGGGACGGAUUUAGUUCCGUCGGAUAUUAUGGCCGGAUGUGUUUUACUGAGAGUACGACAGAAACGGGAAACGCGAGAAAUGCGACGAAUACGAAUGCUUAACGACGACGGUCCGAGAUAUUCAACGGAUAUUACCAGGGUGUUCGCCACGUCACCGGCGUGGAUGACUAUUAAAAAUGCACGGCAUUUUCUGAGAUUUGCACUGGCUGCCUAUGGGUGGCCGAUGGUUUGCUAUAUGCACUGCUGUACGGGACCGUACCGAUUGAUUCCGACAAUGAUAUGUUGCGCGUGUUUUCGCCGGAAACCGCAGAUCAUCAUCGAUGACAACUGUUGCCUGUGUCACGUAUCCGGUGUCCGAUACACCUCCCGAGUUCGGGGUGAAGAUGUGCUACACGCAUCAUUUAAAAAUCAUGUAUUCGAGUUACCAUUUUGCGUGUUGGCAGACCACAGCACCAAGAGCAUCGUCAUAUCAAUUCGAGGUAGUCUUUCGAUGCGAGACGUGUUUACUGAUCUGGUUGCCAACGCGGAACGGUUCGAUGCACCAGGAAUGCCCCCAGAUUCGUCCGCUCAUCGCGGUAUGGUGGCCGGUGUGGACUGUAUGGUAAAACGUCUUAGAGAAGGCAACAUGCUCGAUCGGAUUUUCAACACCUAUCCGGAGUACUCACUGGUUCUGACCGGACACAGUUUGGGAGCUGGUGUAUCAAUUCUGCUAGCUGCGAAACUACGAAACCGUUUUCCCGAUCUGCGUGUCUAUGCCUUUGCCACUCCCGCUGGUCUACUGAGCCGAGAGGCCGCUCGUUAUACUGAGGGAUAUGCAUUCACUAUUGGAGUUGGAGAUGAUUUCGUGAUGCGAUUGGGUGUAGAUUCCAUCGAAAAUCUACGAACCAGUGUCAUCGAAACGAUUCGGGCUUGUAAGUUGCCAAAGUGGCGCAUAAUGUUGAAUGGUUUUGGAUACGCACUGUUUGGUGUACCGUCGCGAGAUUUGGAAACCACGUGGCAUGACGUGACAGAGAUAACGAAGAAAACCGGACAAAGCCCGCUUCUGAAUGAGCGUCCCAUUCAAACAGUAGCCGCUGCCGAAGGAGGACUCCUCUCAAGCGAAAUUUCUAAACGAAGAUUUGCCAAAACUCGUUUGUAUACCGGAGGAAGAAUCUUACACAUCGUGAGGCGUAAGAAAACUGAGUUGGAAAAGAAAACUAACACAGGUGGUCCCACCUUUGAGAUGCGCUGGGCAACUGCUGAGGAUUUUACUGAGCUGAAAGUGAUGCCUCGUAUGUUGCUGGAUCACCUACCUGAUAACGUUUUCAAAACGUUGACCAAGAUUCUAGAAGAACAGAAAACUCACAACGGAUCAAUGCUCUCUUUACAGGAGAUUUAAGAUAUCAGAAAUGAUUUUCUCAUAAGCCAAAACCGAGAAAGGCUGACCAGGUGACCAGUCUAACGAAUCCCUUUUGUCCCGCCCAAAAAUGAAUACAAAGACAGUCCAUGAGUGCCUUAUGAAAUUGUUAAUCUUGCCGUUUGUAUACACAUAUUAGGUUUAAAUGGGUAGUUUAGUCCAACAUCACCUAGCAAUAGAUGAGGUAGGUCGAACAAUUUUUCCAUAAAAAUAGAGAACCUAUCAAAUAGGAGUAACUAACUUGUCUUCAUCGUACCUUAGAAGGUAUAAUAUUUAUAAGCUGAUCCGUCGACUUUGUAUCACGAAACAAUUGCUCACUAGACUUCCGCUUGCCACGAUUCAUGUGCCAAGCUCGCGACGAAUUUCAUGUGAUUAUAAUCAAUCCAUUUCAUCUAUUAGUCAGCUAUGUUGAGAAUACAUUCCAGUGUGGAUCUGAGUAACUAUUUACUUGAUAUUUAGGGGUUUUUUUAGAUUCUCAGUUAAAUAUUUUGUUUUUAAUAGCAAUAACAGCGUUUGAUUCACCAACCGGAAAAUACGAAACAGAAAGUCAAGUUCAAUAGUAUUUACCCGAGUUGUGUUAUUUUGGAGGGAUCAGAAUCCUUGUUCUUAGAAAAGGAUAAAAAGUGAUACGAGAUAUUGUACUAAUAAUUGUGAAACUAAGCAGCGGGUUUUAAUUACAUUUUGGUUGUGAUAUGAAUGCUAUUUAUUAUUCAAAAAGCAAAGUUAAUGAAUGUGGUAUUUUGAAUAGAUUUAGAAAUGAAUGAAAUGUAGUAGAUUUAGUUUCAUAUGAAAAUGUGUUAAGCA